GCACCAUGGCGACUGCUUCGCCAACAGCCGCCGUGGUGACCGCCACUGUGGUGACCACUGCAGCCGCCAUGGACCUGCGCGACUGGAUCUUCCUCUGCUAUGGGCUGGUGGCCUUUUUGAGUGAAGUGAUCGACAGCACUACCUGCCCUUCGGUCUGCCGGUGUGACAACGGUUUCAUCUACUGCAAUGACCGGGGCCUCACGUCCAUCCCAGCUGACAUCCCAGACGAUGCCACCACGCUCUAUCUGCAGAACAACCAGAUCAACAACGCAGGGAUCCCUUCUAGCUUGAAGAAGAAGCUCAACGUGCAGGUCAUCUACCUCUAUGAAAAUGACCUGGAUGAAUUCCCCAUCAACCUGCCGCGCUCGCUGAAAGAGCUGCACCUCCAGGACAACAACGUCCGUACCAUUGCCCGGGACUCCCUGGCCAGGAUCCCUCUUCUGGAGAAGCUCCACUUGGACGACAAUUCCGUCUCCACCGUCAGCAUCGAAGACGACGCCUUCGCUGACAGCACCCGCCUCAAGCUGCUUUUUCUCUCCCGCAAUCAUCUCAGCAGUAUCCCUUCCGGGCUGCCCCGCACUCUGGAGGAGCUGCGCCUGGAUGACAAUCGCAUCUCCACCAUCCCCCUCCACGCCUUCAAAGGCCUCAACAGCUUGCGGCGUUUGGUGCUGGACGGCAACCUCCUCGCCAAUCAGCGCAUCGCGGAUGAUACUUUCAGCCGCCUGCAGAACCUCAGCGAGCUCUCGCUGGUGCGCAACUCCCUGGCAGCCCCACCUCUCAACCUGCCCAGCGCCCACCUGCAGAAGCUGUACCUGCAGGACAACGCAAUCAGCCACAUCCCGUACAACACCCUUUCCAAGAUGAGGGAACUGGAGAAGCUCGACCUCUCCAACAACAAUUUGACCACCUUGCCCAAGGGCCUCUUUGAUGACCUGGACAGCCUCUCCCAGCUCCUGCUAAGGAACAACCCGUGGUACUGCGGCUGUAAUCUCAUGUGGCUGAGGGACUGGGUCAAGGCCCGAGCUGCAGUGGUCAACGUGAGAGGACUGAUGUGCCAAGGGCCGGACAAGGUCAGGGGUAUGGCCAUCAAGGACAUCACCAACGAGAUGGACGAGUGCUUUGAAGUCGGCCCACAGAGCAACUCAGCGGCAGCAGCCAAGACAACUGCCAGCAACGCAGCUGUCACCACCCCACAGGGCUCCCUCUUCACCCUCAAAGCCAAGCGCCCGGGCAUCCAGCUGCCCGAUUCUAAUGUUGACUAUCCAAUGGCAACCGGAUCGGGAGCCAAAACGCUGGUCCUUAACGUCAAGCCACUCACCGCCGACAGCAUCCACAUCAGCUGGAAAGCGGCCCUCCCAGCGGCCUCCUUCCGCCUCAGCUGGUUGCGCCUGGGGCACAGCCCAGCGGUCGGCUCCAUCACUGAGACGCUGGUGCAAGGCGACAAGACGGAGUACCUCCUGACCGCCCUGGAGCCCAAGUCCACCUACAUCAUCUGCAUGGUUACCAUGGAAACGGGCAACACCUACAUGCCUGAUGAGACCCCCGUGUGCGCCAAGGCCGAGACAGCCGACGUGUACAGUCCCACCACCACCCUCAACCACGAGCAAAACCUCGACCCCAUGGCUGGGUUGCCCCUGGCAGGGAUCAUCGGUGGCGCCGUGGCCCUGGUCUUCCUCUUUCUGGUCUUGGCCGCCAUUUGCUGGUACGUCCACCGGACCGGAGAGCUGCUGACGCGAGAGCGAGGCAGCCGGAAGAAGGACGACUACAUGGAAUCGGGCACUAAGAAAGAUAACUCCAUCCUGGAGAUCCGAGGGCCUGGCUUGCAGAUGCUCCCUAUCAACCCUCACCGGGCCAAGGAAGAGUACGUCAUCCAUACCAUAUUCCCUUCCAACGGAACCAGUCUUUACAAAAGUACCCACACUAUUGGCUACGGCACAACUCGGGGGUAUAGAGAGGGGGGCAUUCCAGAUAUAGACUACUCAUAUACAUGAUGCAAAUUUCUCCCCUCCUUCCAGAUGCAUCCUGUUGCCCCGCGCCCACAUUCAACACUUCCCCGUUUUUACCCCCUCCCCAAUCUCGCACACAUGCGCACACACACACACGCAAACACGUUUUGGUUUGGAUCGGUUAUUUUGUUUGGUGGUUUCAUUUUGCCGAGAAGGAAAAGAAAUGGCAAAACAUGGACUAUUUUCCAAGCAGAACCAGGUGGAACAAAGGGGAGGGGAGGGGAAGCGAAUUUUACAGACCAACCUAUUUUGUAGGGGAAAAACAACCCACACGCAUACACACAAAGUUUUGAAAAGUAGAUAUGGAGGGGACAAAAGACAUAAUUUAUAUUUAAUAUGCCAGAUUUAAAAAAAGCGGUGGGGAGAAACAAUCAUGGAUGAACGUUUGGUUUAUUGGGCUUGUUGGCUUUCCCCUAUGAGGGUGGAAGGGGACAGGGAAGAUCUAGAGGAAGGCAAAAAUGAAACUGAGAAUCAAAAAUGCUACCUGUUUAUCUUUCUUCCUUUGUAAAUCUUCUAUUUUGUUCAGGGGUUAGAUUAUAAAAAAAGAAAGAAAGAAAAAUCAACACGUCUUUCCUGAUGGUUAAACUCUCAACUUUCCUGGAGGAUGUGUGGGAAUAUAGUUCCCG